UUACGAUCUGAUAGGAAACACACCAAGCACGCAAACUGAAACAGAGAGAGAAAGAGCGAGAGCAUAGCAUGUCAGGUAUGGAGAGGCUGCAGAGAAUGUUCGCCGGUGCCGGAGGAGCUUUGGGCCACCCGCCGCCCGAUUCCCCCACCCUCGAUUCCUCCGAGCAGGUCUACAUCUCCUCCUUGGCGCUCCUCAAAAUGCUCAAGCACGGAAGAGCUGGGGUUCCUAUGGAGGUCAUGGGAUUGAUGCUGGGAGAGUUUGUGGAUGAAUACACUGUUCGUGUUGUUGACGUCUUUGCGAUGCCGCAGAGUGGUACUGGUGUCAGUGUCGAAGCCGUCGAUCAUGUCUUCCAGACUAAUAUGCUUGAUAUGCUUAAGCAGACCGGACGACCAGAGAUGGUAGUUGGGUGGUACCAUUCGCAUCCUGGAUUUGGAUGUUGGCUAUCCGGUGUGGACAUUAAUACCCAGCAGAGCUUUGAAGCUUUGAAUCAACGGGCUGUAGCUGUAGUGGUGGAUCCAAUUCAGAGCGUGAAGGGGAAGGUAGUCAUUGAUGCAUUCCGCCUUAUCAACCCACAAACUAUGAUGCUUGGCCAAGAACCACGGCAGACCACAUCCAAUCUCGGGCAUCUAAAUAAGCCAUCAAUUCAAGCCUUGAUCCAUGGGUUAAAUCGUCAUUAUUACUCCAUAGCAAUUAAUUAUCGGAAGAAUGAACUCGAGGAGAAAAUGUUGCUUAACCUUCACAAGAAGAAAUGGACAGAUGGGCUGACACUAAAGCGAUUUGACACUCAUUCAAAAACAAAUGAGCAAACAGUUCAGGAGAUGUUAAAUCUAGCUGUUAAAUACAACAAGGCAGUGCAGGAGGAGGAUGAGCUGCCACCAGAGAAGCUUGCAAUUGCAAAUGUGGGAAGACAAGAUGCUAAGAAGCACCUCGAAGAGCAUGUCUCCAACUUAAUGUCCUCAAACAUUGUCCAGACCUUGGGCACAAUGCUUGAUACUGUGGUGUUCUAGAGUUUAGUAAGCAAGUUUGCAUAAUCGAACCUUCACUACCAAGUUUCUAUAUCGUUGAAACAGUCUGGAGUUGUAAGGUUUUAGCCAAAUUGGUACAUGCAUGAAAGAUGCAUCUUCGUGACGGUUUAUUGUACUUGAAGUUCGUAUUUCAUGUCUCAGUUUGUUUGCUAUUGUUGCAAUUGGAUUA